AUUAGAAACGGAGUCAAAGAAGAAAUAUCCGGUGGGAUACGAUUUGCCAAUAAUAAGAGUCCACUGUGAGUUUUUGGAGAUUCGGUCACCUAGCUAAUUGGGCCGUCACUGGAAAUUACCAAACCACGACUAAAGCAUAUCAUGUAAAUUUCAUGCUUACUCUUAACUUGAGAUGAAUAUGAUAAAGAUUUUACUUUGACUAAAGAUAUUACUAUAGUAGUAUAUAUAUAAUUUUGUAAGAUUGAACUAAUGAGUUAAUAAAUUUUUCCAAAAUUGAAAUGAAUGAGCAACAAGUGAAAAAAGAAAAAUCAAUGGUUUUAUAAACAUUUUGAAGUUGAGUUGGAUUACUGAGAAUUAAAAAAAAAAAGUGAAAAAGGAAUAACGUAUGGAAGAAGCAGUUGUGAGUCAUUUGGAUGGCAAACCAUAUUCACACUGUGGACAGAACAAAAAGAAGAGAGUGAAUGACAUAUAAGAGUCUUUGGCGUACGUCCUUAAGAAUUAAGAUAGAUUAAUAGAGAUGGUUUCACUUUUGAAAUUUGGAAAAGGCUUGUUCAAAGGAGAAACAAGUUAGACCAAAUAACAAUGCAAUUCGCCCUUCUUAAAUUACACACAACUCUCUCUCUCUCUCUUUCAGGGCAAACAUGCCAGGUUUUUGCUUCUUCCUCUUUCUGUUGCUGGCAUCACACAUCACAACCUCACACUCCGCAGACACGUUAACCUCAUCGCAAAUCCUCGGAACCAACGAAACCCUCGUAUCACCAAACCAAGUCUUCGCUCUAUGCUUCUUCCCAGGCACCAACUCCACCUGGUACUUGGGCAUACGCUACAACAACAUCAAGGACUCAACCGUCGUGUGGGUGGCCAACAGAGACAACCCUCUCCAGAACUCCACAGGGUUCCUCAAAAUCGGAGACAGCGGAAACAUGCUUCUCACGGAUUCAUCAAAGAAGGCCGUUUGGUCCUCCAACGAAACCAAAGCCAAAAACCCUAUGCUUCAGCUCUUGAACACAGGAAACCUAGUUCUGAGAGAAGAAAACAUAACCGACCCCACAAAAUAUGUCUGGCAAAGCUUCGAUUACCCAACGGACACGCUCCUACCCGGCAUGAAGAUGGGGUGGAACCUGGACACGGGCGUGGAGAAACACUUAACAUCGUGGACAACCACAGGGAGAGACCCUUCAAGCGGAGAUGUUUCUUUCAAGAUAGAGACACGUGGAGUACCAGAAAUCUUCUUGAGAAAAGACAACAACAUAACAUACAGAAGCGGACCCUGGAAUGGUGAGAGAUUCAGCGGGGUGCCAGAGAUGGAACCCGACACAGAUUCCAUAACAUUUAAUUUUUCGUACGAUAAACACGGUGUCUACUAUUCUUUCUCCAUUGGGAACCCUUCGAUUUUGUCGAGGUUGGUAGUGACUUGGGAUGGGCAACUUGAGCGUCUGACGUGGGUGCCGAGUAGUGGGACGUGGACCACGUUUUGGUUCGCGCCCAAGGAUCAGUGUGAUGAUUACAGAGCGUGCGGUCCUAACGGCGUGUGCGACUCGAACGCUUCGCCGGUUUGCACGUGCGUGAGGGGGUUCAAGCCGAGGAAUGUGGCGGCGUGGAGCUUGAGAGAUGGGUCUGAUGGGUGUGUGAGGGAGACGGAGUUGGAUUGCGGGAGUGAUGGGUUUGUGAAGGUUGAGAACGUGAAGUUGCCGGAGACGAGUAAUGUGUUUGCGAAUAGGAGCAUGAGCUUAAGGGAGUGUCAGAGUUUGUGCCGCAGGAAUUGUUCUUGCAUGGGUUAUGCUAACAUCGAGGUUAGUGAGGGAGGACGAGGGUGCGUCAUGUGGCCCGGUCAACUCUUCGACAUUCGAAAGUAUCCUGCUGGUGGACAAGAUUUGUAUGUCAGAUUAGCAGCUUCUGAUCUAGAUGACGUAGGAUCUGCAGGUGGCUCUCAGUCUCACAAGACAAGCCAUGUAGGUGAGGCUGUAGGAAUUACAAUUUCUGCAGCAGUAAUAAUUUUGGGAUUGGUUCUCAUUUUCUGGAAAAGGAGGAAACUGUUAAGUACAUCAAAUGUGAAGACAGCCCCCAGAGGUUCUUUCCAUAGAAGUCGGGAUUUGCUAACGAGUGAAGGGAUGUUUUCAACUAAUAGAGAAAACUCGGGAGAAAGGAGCAUGAAUGACAUAGAGUUGCCGAUGUUUGAUUUUAAUACCAUAACAAUGGCCACAAACAACUUCUCCGAAGAAAAUAAACUUGGACAAGGAGGCUUUGGUAUUGUUUACAGGGGUAGGUUGAUGGAAGGCCAAGAUAUUGCUGUGAAGAGACUAUCUAAAAACUCGGGGCAAGGAGUUGAUGAAUUUAAGAAUGAGGUCAAGUUAAUUGUCAGGCUUCAACAUAGAAAUCUUGUUCGGCUCUUUGGUUGCUGCGUUGAGAUGGAUGAGAAGUUGCUAGUUUAUGAGUACAUGGAAAAUAGAAGUCUUGAUUCCAUUUUGUUUGACAAAGCCAGAAAACCCACACUGGACUGGAAAAGACGCUUCAACAUUAUAUGUGGCAUAGCUAGAGGGCUACUUUAUCUGCACCAUGAUUCCAGAUUCAGGAUUAUACAUAGGGAUCUCAAGGCAAGCAACAUUCUACUUGACAGUGAAAUGAACCCAAAGAUAUCAGACUUUGGGAUGGCUAGACUUUUUGCCUCAAACCAGACAGAAGCAAACACAUUGAGAGUUGUUGGAACAUAUGGCUAUAUGUCUCCUGAAUAUGCCAUGGAUGGGAACUUCUCAGUGAAAUCUGAUGUUUUUAGUUUUGGAGUUCUAGUGCUGGAAAUUAUAACGGGAAAGAAAAACAGAGGAUUCUAUUACGCAAACGAUGAUAUGAAUCUUCUAGGGAAUGCAUGGAGGAAGUGGAGAGAUGGCAGUGCAUUGGAACUCAUUGAUUCAUCAAUUGGCGAUUCAUAUUCACCAUCUGAAGUUCUUAGAUGCAUACACGUUGGGCUCUUGUGUGUCCAAGAACGUGCAGAAGAUAGGCCAACAAUGCCUUCAGUGAUGUUGAUGCUGAGUAGUGAAUCUGCAUUAAUGCCACAACCAAGAAACCCUGGGUUUUCCAUAGGGAAGAAUCCUGCGGAAACUGAUUCUUCUUCAAGUAAGCAAGAUGAAUGGAGUGUGAACCAAGUCACAGUCACAUUGCUAGAUGCUAGGUAGUCAAAGAAGCAUGACAUCACCUAACAUGUUUGUAUAUUCCUUGAAACAUAAACAAUGUUCUGUAAAUCUUCCUUCCUCUGAUAGUUGCGGCCCCUUUGAGAUCUACUUUGAUCUUGUUUUGUUGUAAUAUGUAAGAGAUACCUUCAGUGAAGAACAUGCUUCUUAGUUUAAAGCUUGAAGCUACUUUCUGCCGUCAA